CGUCGUCAUUGACGUCGUGCAGAUUAUUGUGCAUUAACUAAUACCAACAUCCUUUUAUAUCGCAGUUAUUUGUGAGAGAUAGAGUAAUCACCGUGGCAAGAGUCACUCGGAUGCUCAGUGCCGACCGUCUAUUGAAAGAGAGCAGAGAUGUUUACCACGUUCGUGUCUUUAAUUCUCGGAACAGUGAUAAUUCUCUACUUCUACUUAAAAAAGAACACCAAAUAUUGGCAAAACGUUGGAAUUCAUUGCGCAAAUGGUGCUUUGCUAGGAAUUGGUCAUAUGUGGGAGUUGAUCAUUGGAAAAAUUAGCUUCUCUGAAAUUUGUCGCAAAAUCUACCAUGACAAUAAGGAUUGCAGCAUGGUCGGCUUCUACAAUUUCAUGACACCCACAUUGAUGAUACGCGAACCGGAACUGGUGAAAACGGUGCUGCAAACGAGCUUUACGAAUUUUCACGAGAAUGGAGUCAAAAUUGAUCCUGAUUUGGAUCCUCUUUUGGCAAACAAUCCCUUCUUCACAUACGGAGAGAAAUGGGUAACCGGAAGGAAACGUCUGACCUAUGCCUUCUCCAGCAUGCGGUUGAAGAUCCUACUCGAGAGCGUUAAGCAAGUAUGCGAGGAAUUUGAGAACUUUUUAGAUAAAAAGUUGGAUAAGACGGGAGAGGUAGAGAUGGAACUAAAAGAACUGUUCGCUAAGUACACCGCUCAAGUGGUAGCGAACGCUGGUUUCGGCGUGAAUGGAUUCUGUUUCGACGACAAAAAACAGCAAGAGUCUUUCUACGAGAUGGGCAAGUCCUUCCUCGACCGGUCUUUUGUGGACAAUAUUAUUUUUACCAUCGCGUUUCUGAUACCUUGGUUUGGCAAAGUUUUCAGAGUGAGAUUUAUACCGAAGAAAAUCGAUCGUUUCUUUAGAACUUUGGUCACCGAUAUUAUGGAGCAAAGGAGGACCAGUGGGACACAAAGAAACGACUUUCUCCAAUUGAUGAUUGAAUUGGACCGCGCAGAAGGUAAUAAACUCGACCUAGAAAUCUUGGUCUCUCACGCAAUGUCUUUCUUCCUCGAUGGCUACGAAACUUCCAGCACCGUUUUGAGCUUCGUUGGCUUCCAAUUAGCCGCUAAUCCAGUAGUGCAGAAGAAAUUACGCAAAGAGGUAAUGUCUGUGCUGUCCAAACACAACGGUAUACUUACAUACGAAGCCUUGAGGGAAAUGACUUACAUGGAUCAAGUAAUAAGCGAGUCUCAGAGAAUCAUACCUGCAAUUGGAUUCAUGAGCAGAAUUUGCACGGACGAGAUCGAGCUGAAAGGAUCCGACGGAGUCGUUUGCUCGGUGGAAUCUGGAACAAGCAUUUUAAUCCCUGUCCACGGUUUACAAGAAGAUCCUUGCUAUUGGGAGAAUCCGCUCGUGUUUGACCCUGAGAGAUUCAAUUUGGAUAAGAAACACAGCAUUGAGAGAUUCGCCUUUCUUCCCUUCGGUGAAGGCCCGCGAAUGUGCGUAGGAAUGAGAAUGGCUUUGUUGCAGAUAAAAGCGUGUCUCGCUGUGUUAUUGAGAAAGUAUAGCUUGGAACUAUCUCCAAAGAUGCAGAUGCCCUUGAAGUUAAGAUGUACACCUUUCCUAAAUGCGCCAGUGGGUGGUACUUGGGCUUUGAUCCGACCGAUUUAAUCGGACCUGUAUCUUUUUGUAACUAUUUUAUUUGUUAUUCGUCGAAAUAGUUCUCGUCAGUAAUACGAUGUAAUAAAAUUUUUCAAUACUGCUCACAUGUUAUUUACAGAGGCCCGGGGAAAGACAGUAAACUCUUUCGUACGAAAAACGUUUCUUUAAAAUAUCAUUUACUUUUUUUAUCUUAGACGAUAAUUAUAUGGUAUAUUAGAUAGGUAAGUUGUUAUGGGUAAUAUGUGAGAUGGGUCCGAUUCUAUAGAUAAUUUAGGUACAAUAAAUUUAACUUGAGAAAAUUCGACAUAAUAUUGUGUACUUGUUCACGGAAUAUCAUAUUUCUGAACUUGUAUCUUUUUUUUAUAUAUUCCGUUUAAUUUUACCAUUCUAUACGAAAAAUAUGUAUUCUUAUAUUUAUAUAUAUCUUUAUUGUGCGUAUUUUGUUUUAUCAUAUGAUCUUAAGUUAUAUAUUAUAGCAAAGAAGGACUAAUGUUUCCGUUAAAAAUUUUUUCAUAUAUAAUUACACGGGGAAUUUUAUUUUAAAUGUCCCAGUCUAAUAUUGCAGAAGGAAAUUAUUCUAGUGAAAAAUGUUUAAUAUAAAUAUCAUAUGGUUUAGAGACGGGACAUCGAAUGAUGACCUUUGUCUUAUCGGAGGUGACGUUGUUCAAGAUCAUUUCGAGGUCAACUUUAUUUUUUCAAAUAGUAUCAUAUAAUUUUUUUUAACACUGAUAGAUUUCUUUGCUCAUUAACUUGGGGCAAUUAAAAUGAAACACCUUGUAUAUAAAAUAUGUUCAUAUAUAUAAAAAUAUAUAAUUAUAUAUUAAAAUAUACAUGUUUAUAUAUGAUCACUGUAGGCUAAUGUCUAUGCGAUUCGUCGAUUAUCUGAUCUAAAUAAGUAAUUUCGUUCAUGGCCUCGAAGCUCAGUUGAUUAUUGUAUUUUGCGAGCACGGUCACCACUUCAUUGCGAAACUUCUGCUGUAUCUAUGGACGCCGGGCAAUCGAAUAUCCUGAAAAAACUCAUGGUAACGCAAGUUGUCUCAUAGACAUUCACGAAGAAGGUGAGAAGAUGAUCGUCCCCGUACUGUCGCAUACUCAUUACCUUCUGCAUACUGUGGCGAAAAAAACGAUCCGUAUCUUUAGAUAUGAAUGAUAUCCGGAAUAUUUUAUUAAGAUCUUGAAAGUGGAAGUUGAGAGCCUCGGAAAUCAUGUCAUGGAAGCUCGUUCCAAUUAUCGCUUUGCUGAUAGCGGCAAAAGACGACGGAUGUGACUUGUUUACGAAGUAACAACCAUCCACGCUGAAAGUGGCGGAUCUUCCCACUUCGUUGAUGUACUUGUAGAAUAGAUUUUUCAGCUCGUACUCCA